AUGGCUAACAUACUUGCACAAGAAGAAUUUCAAAAGACUAUUGUAUCACAAUACACUGAUGUUAUUGGGGAGAAACUUGGUGGCUCUAUCGUUUCAUUUUCUGAUGAAUGGUUUGCAGCUGCGGAGAACUUGAUCAAACCAAAAGCACCCAUUCGUGACGCGACUCGCUUCACCUAUGCCGGUGCGUGGUACGAUGGGUGGGAGACGAGAAGACACAAUGAGGAAGGCGCCGAUUGGGUCAUUUUCAAAUUUGGAGUGAGUUCAGCUAAAUUGGUUGGAUGCGAAGUUGAUACUGCGUUUUUCAAUGGAAACCAUGCACCAGCUAUCUCAGUAGAAGCCGUGCAAAUCUUGAAUAAUGGAAACUCUAGUGAUUUCGAUGACGAUAUACUGAAGAUUAAGGAAGAGGACUGGGAAACCGUGAUUCCAAAGACAGAGUGUGGUCCAAGCCAAAGACAUUUCUUUGCCAGAGAUGGUGGUGAGACAGAAAAAAACUAUACACAUGCUAGAUUAAAGAUGUAUCCAGAUGGAGGAAUUGCUAGAUUCCGCUUAUAUGGAAAAGUCAUCCCAGUGACAUCCGCGUCUGAUGCUUCAAAAAAAUUAGAUUAUGCCUCUGUUCAAAAUGGUGGUGUAGCUAUCAGUGUUAGCGACCAGCAUUUUGGUACAGCAGAUAAUUUACUCUUGCCAGGCAGGGGACAUGACAUGAGUGAUGGAUGGGAAACCAAAAGAUCAAGAGAACCGGGGCACGUGGACUGGGUGGUUAUCAGAUUGGGUGCACCAAUUAAGAUUCAAGAUAUUGUUAUUGACACUGCACAUUUCCGUGGUAACUUCCCACAAAAAGUUAACAUCAAGGCAACCAAGGUUGACAAUGAAUCCGAAAUUCAAGACGCUCAAUGGACUACCGUUGUUCCUGACCUGAAAACUAGCGCCGAUAAAGAACACGAGUUUAAAGUCGACAAUGAUGGUAUUUUUUCACACGUAAAGGUCACUAUUAUCCCAGACGGGGGUGUAAAAAGAGUUCGUGUAUAUGGUGUCAAGGCAUAA